GGGCCCGCUGGCCUGCAUGGCCGGGCCGUCGGCGUGGCGGAGCGCGUCCGCCUCGCGCGGCGGGCGCCGCACGGCAGUUCCGCCUCCUGGGGCGCGUUGGUGACCGAGGGUCGCCCCGCCGCUGGGCCGGGCGGGGGGGCGCGCUGGUGGGGCGUGCUCGGGCGGCGGGAGCUGCUGCUGCGCGGUGGGCUGGGCCCCGGUGUGCUGAGGGAGCUCGAGGCGGGCGGGGUCGCUCUCGGCGGCGGGGCCGCCGGCGAAGGCCCGGGGGGCUGCGCCAGGACGGCCGCCGUGCUCCGGAGGGCGUCCGCCCGGUGGAGCCAGGGCCAGGAGGUGGCGGCCAUCGAGGAAGUCGCGCGCUGCGGCGGCACGGCAGCCGUGGCGUUCCUGGAGCACGGCGGCUCGCGGCCCUCCUCCGCCCGCCGCCAGCGAGAGCCCUGCCGCCGCCAGCGGGUCGCGAGGGUCGACUGCAGCGUGGAGUCCUGGGCCCUCCUGGACCUCGUGGCCGCAUCGCUCAGCCGCGACGGAGUCCUCGUGGAGGACGUGGCGCUGCCGGGCGGCCCCGUCCUCCGGCGAGGGUGGCAGCUGCUCGCGCCGCCGAUGGCCAGCCUCGCCGGCACGAGGCUGCCCGCGGCGCUGGCCUUCGACGCCCGGCCGGGGCGGCCCAUCUUCGCCCCGUGGGCGGCCGGUGCGACCUGCGCCAGCCCUGGCUGGGCCGCCCCGUCCGGGAGCCCGCGGGCGUUGGGCGCGGAGGACCGCGUGAGGCGGCGGGGCACCGCUGGGGAGCGGGGGCUCGGCGUGCUUCUCAGGGUGGACCACGCGCUCGAGGAUGGAGCAGUGGUGCCGAAGCCCGGCUGGGGCAUCGUGCGCUGGGACUCAUCGGGCGUGGAGGCCGUCCCGCUGGAGGAGCUCCGGCCCGCGCACGACCACGCCGAGUUCCUGCAGCGAGUUGACGGCUGCCGCCGUGCGAAGAGCACCCCUCACGCGUCGCGGGCGCCGGGUGGGCGAGCCGAGGCCGCCGGCCGGGGCGACGCGCUGCGGUGCCUGGUCGUUGACGGCGUCUGCGGCGACACGGGCAACCUCAGGGUGUGGGACCCGCGGCAGCCGAACGAGCACGGCACUUCGCUCCCACGCGCGAGCUGCAGCGAGCAGUGGACGCGGGCGGCGAGGCCCCGGUGGCGCUGCUGGCGUGGCAGGGCAGCCUGA